AUGAGGACGAACGUGUGGAUUUACCAAACGUUGCUGUGUGUUCUGGUGGAGGUCCUGGACACAGGUUGCUGUCAAAAGCCUCGUCGUCAGUUUUUACAGAAGUACGAGAAGACGGAGAGCCAUGUUCUGGUUUGCACGGACUGUCCUUUGACUCCACUGGUACAAAGGAGCCGCUCGCAGGAGCACUGCGCCCGAAAGUGCAUGAAGCUAAAGAAAAAAUUCAGCUGCAGGGCUUUCAACUUUCAAAGGCACAACAGGAAAUGCCACUUGCUUCCUUUUGACCGUUUCACCCACGGUGUGCAGAAGCAGGCCAACAUCAACUUCACUCUGUACGAGAAAAAAGAUUACAUAAGGGAGUGCAUCGCUGACACCAAGGACAACUACAGAGGGAGGAGAUCUUGGACAAAGUCAAACAUCACUUGCCAAGCUUGGUCUGAUAAUAACAUCAAUGAGCACACAAACCUUUUAAUGAGCUUUAGAGGCAAUGGGUUUAAGAGAAAAGGGAAAAGACACAGAAAAACACAAACUGGUUCAGGUGUAGUUUCUAUGGAGGAGAACAUGGCAGACGACUCUGACACCAGUGAGGACUUUGAUGUCAACGCAACAAUGUCCUGCGUCCAAGGAGAGGGCACAAAUUACAGAGGAACGAUGAAUGUGACUCCAGAGGGUGUGACAUGUCAGCGCUGGGACUCCCAGUUUCCCCAUAACCACUCUUUUCUUCCUCAGAACUUCAAGUGCAAAGACCUCCAGGAGAAUUACUGCCGCAACCCUGAUGGUGCAGAUUACCCAUGGUGCUUCACCACAGACCCUAAUUUGAGGAUCGCCAAGUGCACUCAUAUCUCCAGAUGUGAUGCAGAGGACACACAAAAAAUAGAGUGUUACGAAGACAUUGGAGAGACGUACUGGGGCUCAUUGUCCAUAACUCGAUCAGGGAUUCCCUGUGCAAACUGGUCACAUCACAUAAACAGUGAGGAUUCUCACUCUACAGUAUCCCAUGUAGGGCUGGAAAUAAACUACUGCCGGAACCCAGAUCGAGACAAACACGGCCCCUGGUGCUACACGAGUCCAAAUAACCGCCUGGUCUGGGACUACUGCAAACUGAAGCAAUGUGAAUCAGCAACAACAACUCCCCAACCAAACCAUCCAGCCAGGCCCAAGAUAUCCUGCUUUGUGCAUAUAAACACCAGAAUAGUUGGAGGACAUCAGGUACGAGGUACUGAUGGCAGCUGGGUUGUAAGCAUCCAAAGGGAGAACGUUCAUUUGUGUGGUGGCUCUCUGAUCAGAGAGGAUUGGGUUUUGACAGACCAGCAGUGCUUUACAUCCUGCGUUCCAGAUCUGAAGGAUUACAGCGUGCAGGCUGGGCUGCGUCACCUUAACGAGUCGUCACGGCGUCCAAGAUUGCGGAUUUCUCACCUGAUCUGCGGCCCAGAGGGAUCCAAUCUAGUUAUGUUGAAGCUAGUAGACCCCGCCCCUGUGUCGGAGGGCGCCUCUACAAUUCAUCUUCCCGUGAAAGAGUGUCACAUCGCUGAAGGCACCAACUGCACCAUGUACGGAUGGGGGGAAACUAAAAACACGGGUCAUGAUGAAGCCCUGAACACUGUGACCAUGCCGAUGGUCAACAACGACAUAUGCUCACAAAUAAAGGGGGACACAGGGGACAGCAGGAUAUGUGCUGGUGGAAGGAUUGGGGAAGGUGUGUGCGAUAGAGACUAUGGAGGUCCGUUGGUUUGCCAGGAGCACGAGCGCAAAGUUAUCAUUGGUGUGAGCAUCCAAAGGACAAAAUGCGCCUCGUCGCAGCCCGCCCUUUUUGUUAACGUUGCGUUCUAUUCAGAGUGGAUUUACAAAGUGUUUAAACUUUAUCCUACCUUGGAGAGGAAGUGAUGAUUUGGGCUGCAGCACAUCUAAAGAGCAGCUGCAGGACAUGCCAAAGAAGAGGUAACAA